GAUCUAACCAAAUAGAUUUGUAAGUAAAAAAGUUUUUAAAACUCUAAUAAAUUAGCGGUUAUUUUAAUUAUUCAUUUUAUAUAAUGUAUAAUUAAUUUUGUAAUAAGUCGCUAAAUCUUACUAAAUAGCACUAUUUUCACACAAUAUAUCCAAAAAAUUAUUACAUAUGGCUACGUGGAGUUGCCACGCUGAUCAAAUUGAUUUAAUGAAUUAAUUUCUGUUGGUAUGAAAAAUCUUUCUUACAAAUAAAAAAAAAAAGAAUUUUAAUUUAUCAAACAUGAUUCUUUGUGAAAUAGUGAAAGUGAAGUGAAAUAAUCGUGAAACUAGUAAUUUGGAGAUUUAGCAGAAUCUAUAUCAGGAGGUAAUUAUGUAUAAAUUAAAUGUGGCAACGUGGUUUCUUUUAAUCUUCUGAAAGUAAGGUUAUGAAGGAUUGUUUAUUAUUUGUGUUUAAGAAAAGUAUUUGUAUAAUGUUUAAUAGAUUUAGUUUCAAGAUUUUACCAAGCGUUUGUAGGUUUUCUCAAAAAGUAGCACAACCGUUAAGAAGUAAAAAACCUAAAUCAUCAACAUCCACUAUACAAAGUUACGUUGAUAUCAAACACCUCAGAGUAGUCGGUGGUAAAGGAGGAGAUGGUUGUAUUUCGUUUCUUUCUGUAUUUGGUAACGAAUUUGCCGGUCCGGAUGGAGGAGACGGUGGCAAUGGAGGUCACGUAAUUUUUCAACCGUCUGAAGACGUGAAAGACUUGAGUCGAGUUCCAACAGUAGCUCGAGCUAACAAUGGAAUUAACGGAACUACUAAGGAUUGUCAUGGAAAAAAUGCCGAUCAUUGUUCAAUUAAAGUACCCGUAGGAACAAUAAUUAAAGAUUCGACUGGUAAGGUGGUUGGUGAUUUAUCACAUCCAAGUUUGCUAUUUGUAGCGGCCAGAGGCGGUGCCGGAGGUAAAGGAAAUCACUACUUCAUUUCUGAUACACAACAAACACCCCAGAUUUGUGAAUAUGGAGCUCAAGGUGAAGAUUUAGAAUAUACUAUUGAAGUUAAAAGUAUGGCCCACAUUGGACUGAUAGGUUUCCCAAAUGCUGGUAAAAGUACUUUAUUAAGGGCCAUUUCGAGAGCCAGACCUAAAGUAGCACCUUAUCCAUUUACUACAUUAAAACCACAUGUUGGAAUAGUGCAGUACGACGACUACGAACAAAUAGCAGUUGCCGAUUUACCAGGUUUGAUACCAGAUUCUCAUAAAAACAAAGGAUUAGGAAUUGAAUUUUUGAAACAUGCCGAAAGAUGUACUGCACUCUUGUACAUAAUUGAUAUGUCAGAACCGGAACCAUGGCGACAUCUUGAAGUUUUACAAUUCGAAUUAUCACAGUUCAACGACGAUCUUAAUUCAAGACCACAAUUGGUAGCCGCAAAUAAAAUAGAUGUUCCAAUAGCAGAAGAAAACGUAGAGGAAUUGAAAAAAAGGACUGAUAUACCGGUUAUACCGAUUAGUGCUAAAUUGGGUACUAAUGUAUCAUCACUUCUAAGGGAAAUUAAAAUUAUUUAUGAUAAAGAGAAAGAAAAUAAACAGUGAUUAUUGUAAAAGCAAAUGUUUUUUCUUCGAGU